CCGUCCCCGGCCGCCAGCGCCAGUCGGAGCCAGCGCGAGCUGCCGCCGCUGCUGCCGCUGCCGCCGCCAUCCCUGCCGCUGCCAAGUCCUGCGUCCGCUGCCCCCGCCAUGUCGGCUACCGCAGCCACCGCCCCCCCUGCCGCCCCGGCUGGGGAGGGAGGUCCCCCUGGGCCCCCUCCAAACCUCACCAGUAACAGAAGACUGCAGCAGACUCAGGCCCAGGUGGAUGAGGUGGUAGACAUCAUGAGGGUGAACGUGGACAAGGUCCUGGAGCGGGACCAGAAGCUGUCGGAGCUGGACGACCGUGCGGAUGCACUCCAGGCAGGGGCCUCCCAGUUUGAAACAAGUGCAGCCAAGCUCAAGCGCAAAUACUGGUGGAAAAACCUCAAGAUGAUGAUCAUCUUGGGAGUGAUUUGCGCCAUCAUCCUCAUCAUCAUCAUCGUUUACUUCAGCACUUAAACCCCCGAGGAGCCUGCCCAGAGAAGGGCCCCCCCACCCAUCCCCAGCCACUCCUCCACCUCUCAGCCAUAUCUUCCAGCCCCCCCAUCUGUGUGUGUGUCCGUGUGUGUGCCCUCCUGUAAAUAGCCAGCUGUUAUUUAUACAUAUAUAAUAUUAUAUAUAUUUGGUCUGUUUGUAGUUUUAUUACUAGAAGAUUUUUCCGGUUGUCCUUAACACCCCUUCCUAAGGUUCCCAUCACCUUUCUUUCCCUCCUUCCCUUUCUCUCUUUUCCUCUAAGUCCCUUCAUUUGCAUCUGCUAUGCAAUAGUCCCUCUUCCUCUCCUUUCCUUGGAUUUAGCUGAUCCUUCCUCCCACCCUAGCCUUCCCUAUACCCCUACCCUCCUAUAAAAAAACAAACAAAACAAAAAGCAGUUGUCCAGACCUCCCUAGAUGCAUCUUCUUUGCAUUAUUUGGGAGGCUCUGAGACUGGCCCCACUUGGUCCUAAGAAUCCCAAGGUCUGGGAGCUUCCAGCAUGUUAAUUAGCAUUCAUGUGCAUACUGACAACCCUUUUGGUUUCCUUCUUUUUGUUCCAUCACUCUUCUGUUCAUUCUUUCAACCUGUUUUUUUUCCACUGAGGAGUUGGUCCCCACUUGUCCUUGUACCACACUUUCAUUUGCAUGACAUUACUUGUAGGUGGUGGGGAGCCUGGGCUUUUGGGGAGCCAGGCUGUUCUGGCCCCCAGAAUCAUCCCCUCCUAGCCCCUCUAGUCCAGUUUGCCUCUGCUACCCCUGUUUUCCAAACCUCUUGUCCCCUCCUCUCCCUUCCCCAAGCUGGUGUGCAAGUGUCUUGGAGUUCAGUAUGUUAUGAUGGACCAAUAAUUCUGCCACUUGGAGUUUCUCCUCAUAUUCCUAAUCCCCAGUUUUCAUGUGGGGCACUCAACUGACAUUUCCAUGGGUUCUCCCUCCCUCCCAUCUGCCUGAUCUUCCCCCUCCUCCUCCCACCAGGAGAGUUAGGGGUUGGCCACAAUCUGAUCUCUUUUGGGAGAGG